AUGUACAACAAUGAGAUGCGAUCUGUGUGGACAAAACUCCCAAGAAAGGCAAUCAUGCAGAAACGAAGCCCUUCACCAAUUUCAGCGUCUUCCACCACAACCUCAUCACGCGACUCAAAGCUCUCUCCCAGAUCCAACUCGACUUUGGCAAACGCGAAAAUGGACAAGUUUGAGUGGAGCCUGAAGGCGUAUGGGGAGGCAAAGGCUACGUGGAGAUGGAAGUUUACUGCGCAGGAGGGAGAGAUUGAAGGGUUGAAGGCUACCAACGCAAAACUUACCCCUCAAUUGGUAACAUCCCGACGACCGACCCAAGGCGACUCCAAAACCCUCCUUUCCCGCACAGUUAACGCUGAGAAACGCCCGGUAGUAGUUCACAACCAGCUUCUCCUAAGCGAAGAGAAGAUUUCGAACAUGAAUCAGAAGACGACUACCACUGAUCUGAAAUGGGAGGCAAGGGUGAAGGAGUACGAGGCGAGGUCGAAGGCAGGGGAGGAGAAGUACAAGAGGGAGAGGCAGGGUGCGAAGCAGAAGGUGUUGGAGUUGGAGAAUCGGAUGAGGAGUCCGGACAGUGAUAACGACAACGUUCCCGCUCACCCACAAGCCAUCGUUGACCCUCCCAUUGAGGAGCCCAGUCUUCCUUUGCCUUCCCCGCCUCCGAUAGUCCCGGGUGAUUGCCCAGGGUUACUCUGCUCAGGACCCAGCACCUCACAUGCCCUCCGAUUCCACCCCUUCAUCCUCAGAGCAAGCAACCGAGACUUCCCCGAGCACUUCAGCGCCCAAUGCAUCUACGUCGAAUCUGCGCAAUCCCCACAUUUGACAUCCAGCAAUGCGUCUUCACCACCUGCCCCACUUUCUACCAGCCAGCCAGUGCCCACUGUUCAGACUCGCAUAGAUCGCAGAUUUCAUCAGCCAGCAACCCAAGCACAUCAUCUGCCGCAUCUGCCAGCAGCACCGUCCCAACACUUCUCCCCUCGUUCCAUCACAUCUAGUUCAGCAUCGUCCAGCAACCAAAGCGACUCGAAAUCGUGUCUGUGCAGGAAGAACCGCUCGAUGGGCAUUGCGAGCAUUGAGGCGUUCAUUUCGCCCAUCCCAGCUUACACCGACGAAGAAGACGGCGCCACAGGGCAUGAAGAGAACCUAACCCAUAUUGUGGGCGACAGAGGUCUAGUCUGCUUACUGGUCAUCUGCGAUGACGACGGCACUGCCUUUUCUACGCCCGAUGCAACGACGUAUAUAUUCUCUGUCAUGCCCACGAUGGUGCUUCUGAUCGGGAGCCUCGCAGGUUCAAGACCUAGUUCCGUGCUUCUUACCUUCAUGGGUGUCUCCUGUUUUGCGAGUUUGUGGAUCAGCACCAACACUGUCCUUCACUCUCAUCCGACCGAUCUUGAGAACAUUGCCACCUGGCUCGUCUUUUGCGCCAGCGCUAUUCGUUCGUUAUCCUCUAGAAUGUAUUCCUCUCCUCAGAAUAUCUCCAAUCCCUUGUUGCGACUCACAUCCUUGAACGAAUCGACCGUCUCCUACUUGACAUACAUCAAGAAGCCGACGCCAUCUCCAUCGCCCUCUGCCACACCUUCAUAUCUCGAUACAUCGCAUUCGGACGCCCAUCGAGCGGAUAUUCUAUCGUAUGUGCUCGCCCAAGCCCUCGCGAGUACUCCUCUGGUGCGCGAAGCGGCAGCGGCAAACAAAGUGUGGGUGGACCUUGUGAAUUGUCCUGCCAAAACGACCAGGAGACAAAGUAAGGAUGCACUGCGGUGCUUUAGUGAUCCGCUGGAGCAGAUCGAGGCUAUGGACACCGAACCUCCUGUUGAAACGUAUGCAUGGGAAACCAUGCCUGAGAGCCUGAAACCAGCAUCCCCCACCCACCUUGCACAAUCUCGUUCAGGAUUCGGCGCUCAAAGCUACUACAGUACGAUUGAACGCGAUGCGUAG